AAACACAAUUUGAAACUUAAAGGAGCAGUAAAGGAGAGUGGAGGAGCAAACGGGAGGGAGAGGGGACGGGCUUUUGUUGUUGUUUUCAUUCAACUCCACGAUCCACGAGAAGCAGUGCUUUUCGCCACAAUUUUAUGUCGAUGAACUUUAACAAAUCGCAGAAAGAGAAGAGCAAGAAGAUAAUUUAAUUUGGUGACUUUGGUAUAUCCGCAAUGUUUAUAUGAGACGACUAUUAUAUAGCAUAGACUGCUCUGAGUGAAACUAUGAAAGUUUCAGCGGUAAAGAUGAUGAAAAGGACACUGCACCUCCUGCACAGUGGCAGAAGUUGUCGCAGCGUUGCUCGUAUGAUGUCCCGCUGGUCGUCUGCAGCGCUGACAGCCUCUGUGCCAAGUCGAGUUGUUGUGACUGGUAUGGGGGUAGUCUCUCCAUUAGGCUGCAACCUUCAGCACGUUUGGACACAGCUCCUCGAAGGAAAGUCUGGCAUCACCAGGCUCACUUCUGAGAAUUUCUCAAAGAUACCGUGCCAAGUUGCUGCCCUCGUCCCUCGAGGCCCUGAGGAACACCAGCUGGAUUUGGACAAGCAUUUUUCAAAGUCGGACCUUCGAACCAUGGCUCCUGCCACUGCCUACGCUCUUUUGGCCGCUAAAGAGGCUCUGCAGGACUCCCAGUGGCAUCCUAACAAUGACGAAGGCCGAAAUUCCACAGGCGUUUCAAUUGGCAUGGGAAUGGUGGAUUUGCUUGAUAUUGCGGAUUCAGCACAGCUGAUGGCCACCAGAGGCCCCAAUAAAGUUAGUCCCUACUUUGUCCCUCGCAUCUUGUCCAACAUGGCUGCAGGACACCUGAGCAUCAAGUAUGGUUUCAGAGGACCCAAUCAUUGUCUCUCGACGGCCUGUGCGACUGGUGCCCAUUCCAUUGCGGAUUCGGCUCGACUAAUUAGAGAGGGCUCUGCCAAAGUGAUGGUUUGUGGAGGAUGUGAGGCUGCAGUUAAUCCCCUGGCCGUAGCUGCCUUUUGCAGACUCAGAGCUCUGAGCACACAGUUCAACAACGAGCCAGAAAAAUCAUCUCGGCCUUUCGACAAAAAAAGGGACGGUUUUGUUAUGGGUGAGGGCGCAGCUGUACUAAUUCUAGAGGAUCUGGAUCAUGCCGUGGACAGAGGAGCCAAAAUUUAUGCUGAGAUUCUUGGUUACGGAGCCUCAGGUGAUGCGAACCACCCAACUGCGCCUUCAAAUGACGGUCUUGGCGCGUCCCUUGCCAUUCGCAGGGCCCUCGAAGUUGCUGAGGUAGAAAUUGAAGAAGUAGGACAUGUCAAUGCGCACGCCACCUCCACGCCUUUGGGAGACGAGGUGGAAAUAAAGGCACUGCGGUUGGUGUUCGGAGACCACCUGAACAACAUUAAAAUCUCUGCCACCAAAGGGGCGCAUGGCCACUUGCUUGGAGCGGCUGGUGCUCUUGAAACAGUUUUUACUGUGAUGGCUUGUCAGAGUGGUUACGUGCCACCGACAUUAAACCUAGAAGAAGUUCCUGACGACCUAUCUGAAUUUAACUUUGUGGCAAAAGAGAAGCAAACAUGGGAAACGGACAAUCGAAGGAUAGCCAUUAAAAAUUCCUUUGGCUUUGGUGGCACAAAUGCAACCUUAUGUGUGGCUCAGUAUGAUGACUAGGAUCGACUUAAAAAAUUUCUGUGAUUUUAGCUUUGCUAUGUUUUUGGAGAAAAUAAUAAUAAAAAUUGGAGCAGGUUAUGCGCUUUUAUCCAAUAAAA